AUGAGAGGCGGAGGGAAGGCUUCGCUCUGGUCGAGUGCGCGGAACGCUGCGCUCAGACAGUCCGAGAGGUUGUCCCUGCGUUGGCGGUGGGUCGAGGCCACGAAGGAGAUGACAUUGGAAUGUCGAGGGUCCAGGGGGGCAUCGAUCAAAAUUCCGCCUGAAGCGCGCGAUCAGGUAGUGAAUUGGUUGCGCUCAGCUGUAGCAGAGCACUACGCCAAUAGGUUGCUUAGCAAGCCUGAUCAGAGUAAGGUCUUCGAGGUGUCGUCGCGGAGCCGAGUGAGCAAUCACUUUAUCCGCGGCGGCUUCACUCGCUUCACUGACUGGCACUUUAUCCAUAAAGCCCGGUUAGAUGUUCUUCCUCUCAACGGCGCACGACGUUGGGAGGCCAACGACAAGCGCUGUCGGCGAUGCGGUGAGGUAUCGGAGACAUUACCCCACGUGCUCUGUCACUGCGGCAUCCACUCCGCUGCGAUACAGCUGAGGCACGACGCUGUCCUACACCGCCUUUGA